CAGCAAGGAAGAGGAACUAAAGAUGGCGGCGGCGAAAGAAGGAAGCAGGAUAUUCGUUGGCGGGUUAUCUCCGGAGGUGACAGAGAGAGACCUUCAGCGUACUUUCAGCCGCUUCGGUGACAUUCUCGAUUGCCAGGGAUGACAUUGAUCAGAACUACAUGGUAUCAAGUUGAGAUACACUGCUCUCUGAUAAAAGAACAAAAAAGUAUCUGACUAUCUGAGAAUAUAGGAAACACAGUAGUAGUGGUUGAGUCUUUGAGAGCAUAAUGAUGUUGUCCUCUGUUUUGGGAUUUGUUUCACGAGGUUGUUGAGACUGUGGUAACAGGUUACUUUCAGUUUCUUCUAGUCUAGUCUUUGACUUCUCUAAGUAUGCAACCGGUUCCUUCCUGAAAUUAUUCUGUGUCGAGAUUCUGGUUAACAAGCUUUAGGAAGAAGAGGUAGUUGUGUCUUGUAUUGUUUGAUAGCUGGUACUUGGGAUUCCUGAUUUGGUUUUGAGUGGUGAAUUGAUGAUGCUACUCAGUUUAGGCCAGUGUCCUCCAUGUAGUAUCCCCUUGCAGUCAUUCACACACCAGAGGCUUUGUAGCAUUGACGUCUGGAUAAGCCCAGUCCCCAUCUCAGCUGUCCUGUUGCAAGAUUUCUAUUUCUUCCUGAUACCUUGAGCCCCAGUGCUGACGUUGGAACUGCAGAAAACGAAAGACUGCACCAGUUGAAGAACGUCGCUUCUCGUACCCUGUGUGCUUAGUAGGAUUUCCAUGGAUUUUAACUUUUCCUUUCAUUAUUCUUUUCUUCUCCAAACCCAAACACAUUUUUAGAUCCUCAUACCCCAGUUCUUUGCGCUUAUCUUUUCCGCAUGUUUCUGAAAUCUGAUAAAGUUCGUUGUGUGAGAUGGAGUUGUGUUUCUGAUCUGUGGGCUUUUGGGGCUAUGCAAAGAGUUGUCAGCACCAGGAGAUCUGAACGACUUCAGCUGGAUCAAUGUCAGAUGAUAUCUGCAUAUUGAGAAGAAACAGAUGUUUGGUCAGGAAUACUGUGUACUCUUAAUUCAGUGGCUUCCUUCUGUCUGUAAAACUUCCUCUCUUUAAUGUCGUUGAAAAUAGGGAUUGAAUAGUAGAUUCUUUUAGGGGAUUAAUUCACGGAGCGCCGUUCGUUUGACUGGGGAAGAAAAGAUAGUGUGCUGCUUGAGUUUCUGGGGGUAUCUAGUUGUUUUGCUCUGAAGUGGAGAUUGAUUGACAAUUUCGUACGACACAAAAGACAGGGUCAAUGUUAUGCAGUAAACCUUUAAACAGAUGGAUGUUUCUUGAUGUCACAUGGACUUGAAUAUGAUCUUUCAGAUUUUGCAUAUGUUUCAUUUUCUACUGCCCUUCUGAUCAGUUUCUAGCAAUAUACUUUUGGGAAAUCAGCUUUUGUGGUGUGGUGUGUUGUGUAUAGAUCAUGAUGGAAAGAGAUACCGGUCGUUCACGUGGAUUUGGGUUUAUUACCUUUGCUGAUCGCCGUGCUAUGGAUGAGUCCAUCAGAGAGAUGCAUGGAAGAGACUUUGGUGAUCGAGUCAUCUCUGUGAACAGAGCUGAACCAAAAAUGGGGCGAGACGAUGGGGACAGUCAUGGCUCUAGAGGUGGCAGAGAUGGUGGGUAUUCAUUGGCUGGAAAGGGGAGCUUUGGUGGAGGUGGUCGUGUUGGUGAAGAUGAAUGCUUCAAGUGUGGACGUGUUGGGCAUUGGGCCCGUGACUGUCCGUCUGCUACUGGUGGUCGUGGUGGACCCGUCGGUGGCUUUUCUUCCCGUGCUGCGUAUGGAGGAUCUGAUGGACGUGUGGACCGUUAUGCGGACCGUGAGCGAUAUGCAGACCGUGAACGUUACAUAGAUGAUCGAUAUGAUGCUCCACGCUUUGGUGCUAGAGACAGGUUUGACAGCAGAGAAGCUUACAUCCCUCGUGAUCGUUACGCCAGUGAGAGGUAUGCAGCCCCGGUUGAUCGGUUUGCAGGAGGGGAUAGGUACAGUCGUGGAUCAGACCGUUACCCUCCAGCGAGUUAUGAGAAACCCAGGUCCUUUGAGAGAGACGUAGUUCCAGGUGCAGGCAGUGACAGGUACGGUGGUGGUAGAGCUGGUGGGCCUAUUCGUGGAGCAGACGAGGGAAGAGGGUUUAGAAGCAGAGCCAGUGGUCCGUAUGAGAGGCCGAGCCGAAGCAGUGGUGGUGGUGCUGGUGGUUAUCCAUCGUCUGGUACUUAUGACCGUUACUAAGGCAUGAAUGAAGAACUGAAUGAUGCUGGGUUUAGGGUUAUUUACACUCACUCUUGCGUGUGUGUGUAUGUGGUAAUGAAUAUCUCUGUAAGCGUUUUUAUAUGUAAAGACUUCUUUCAUACUGUUUUUAGUUUAAAGAACUGAUUAGCGUUGUAUCUUGAUAUUUUGUUUGGUUUGUUCUUGUACCCAAUUGCAAUGACUUUGAGCUUCAA